CGACGGGAGCCAUGGAGGCCCGGGUGGCCGAGCUGGAGCGGAGGAUCCGCGACACGUUGUGCCCUUUGGGCUUCGAGGUUCAUCCCUUCCAGGUGGGCUGGUACAAUGCACUGCUGCCCCCGACCUUCCAGCUGGCCCUGCCCGCUCCCACCUUGGCCUUUCUGGUGCUCAGCACGCCCGCCAUGUUCGACCGGGCCCUCAAGCCCUUCCUGCAGAGCCGCCGCCUCCAGCCGCUGACUGACCCUGUGGACCAGUGCGUGGCCCACCACCUGGCCAGGGUCAAGGAGAGCCUCCCAGAGCACCAGGUGGAGGUCAUCGCCGAUUAUGAGAUGCAUCCCAACCGGCGCCCCAAGAUCUUGGCCCAGACGGCUGCUCACGUGUCCGGGGCCGCUUACUACUACCAGCGGCAGGAUGUGGAGGCUGACCCUUGGGGGGCCCAGAAGAUCUCUGGAGUGUGCGUACACCCCCGCUACGGCGGCUGGUUUGCCAUCCGGGGGGUGGUGCUCCUGCCGGGUGUACACGUGCCCAGCCUGCCCCGGGUGCUGCCCCUGGACUGCGUGCCCAGCCGGGAUGCCCGCAUCGCCCUGCUCGAGGGCUUCAAUUUCCGCUGGAGGGACUGGAGCUACCGGGACGCCGUGCCCCCCAAGGAGCGAUACUCGGACGAGCAGAAGGCCUACUUCUCCACGCCGCCAGCCCAGCGGCUGCGCCUCUUGGGACUGGCCCCGGGACCUCCCGGGUCGCCUGACCGCCGACUCGCCCUGUAGCGAGGCACUGGACCCAAGGUGUCAGAGCUGGGGGGGCACCACAGACCAUUCUGAGAGCUCCCAGUUGCUAAAGUGCCCUCCGGCCCCUUCCUUGCUGAGCUCCAGGCUUCCCUGGGCACCUGCUGCUCCUCCCCACCCCCUCACCCCCUUAUUUAUGGCCAAGGCGGACACCCUCUGCGCCCCCUUACCUCACUGCCGUGGGCUGCCCCCGGGGGAUCGGGGUGGGCAGACCCAGAUAUUUAUUUUGGUUAUAAGCUAUCGGGAUAUCUGAGGGGGAUGGCUAGAAGGGUAAGAAAACUACUGGUGUACGAGAGGGAAGAGAGUGGUCUUGCAGGUCACCGAUGCAAUGGGUUUGACUCCUGCUAUUCCUCUCUCCAACUCUGCCCUCCCAAGGGCAGGGCCCAGGUCCCUCCCACACGCCCCCUCCCCAUCCCAUCUGCUGCUUGUCUGGUCCUCCCAGAUAUGAGCUCCUAGUCGGUACAUUCUGUACCUACCAAUGCUGUCAUAUUCUACUCUCCCAAGCACUAUGUUUUACAGAUAGUAAUGGUAUUUGUUAGGUACAAGGUAAUCAGGUUGUCCCACUUGGGGCUCCACACUCUUAAUCCCCAUUUUAGAGAUGAGGGUGAAGCACUCUUUGGUAGACUUUUGGCUUGGCCAGUGAGCCCGGUGUGGACAGGGAUUGUCUCUAUUGCUGAAUUGUACUCUCCCAAGCGUUUAGUACAGUGCUCUGCACAGUCAGCGCUCAAUAAAUACAAAUGAAUGAAAGAAUGGA